AUGCCUAUUAUCACGAUUCCUCCUGAGAUCUUCCUUCAAAUCACAACCCAUCUUCCUCAUAGCGACUUGACCAAGCUUGUACAGGUGUGCAAGUAUGUUCAGACACUUGUUGAGCCGGUGCUGUGGCGAGAGAUUGAGCUUCACAGAGAGUAUUUCCACGAAGACGUUGAUCUGGCCUUCGAUCAAUGCAAGCCCCGACCAUAUAGACAUGGAAUGUCAGACGAAACCGUGGACAUGGAUUCUUACACAGAUGAUAAAUGUGCUAAAGCUGCACAACUAUUUUUGGUGAAGUUCGACAACCUUGGAAAAGCAUCUCACUUGGAACAGCUUGCCAGCCAUGUUCGCUGGUUGUGUCUGGAAGUGAAACCAUAUCAGUGUUUUGACGCUGAGGGAAAUCAGAGCAGUUGCUGGAACGUUUGCUGGAACGCGUUCACGAAAUUUCCCAAUUUGGAAUAUCUCGAGAUACACGCUCGCUAUACAAGAUUCGAAAGUGUUGUUUUCGACCCAUCUGCGUCGCCCCUGAAAGAACUUCAUACCGUCAAGCUUAGAGGGUACAUUCCGAAGGAAUUCAUUGAGUAUCUCUUACAACGCCCCUCCAGCAUCAAGAAGCUCGAACUCGCUGUGCUUGACGAUCCCAUUGGCGAUUCAUGCUCGACCCCCAGGAUUAAUCCACCCAGGAGCGAAUUGUACGAGUCUCCAUCUCAUGAUGUAUAUGCACCCCGCCCUCUGAUUUUCUUCCCGGGAAAAGGCAUUCCGCAUUUUAAAAGCCUCACACACCUUUGGCUUUGUAAGCCUACCGAUGGUUACGAUAGAGCAAAUCCGAGACACGGUUUGGAUAGAAUCUACUACUCUGAAGCAUCCGAUAAAAGUUCCUUUGAAGAGUGGGCCAAGAUUUUGACGGCUAUCAAAGACACCUUGACACAUUUGACUCUAGAGCACCGUCCCACGACUGAUGAGAAUGAGAUGGACGGCACUGAGAACGAUGAGUACAUGCGAGGGAGACGUGAACAUGAAAGUGCAGGGAAAAGUUAUCAACGAUUUUGUUCGACAGUAUUACCAGUCCUUUUGGACACCAAAUGCUUGUCUCCUCUCAAGGAAAUAACGCUUUUUGGUAUCGAGUGUGCCUCACCCACUUGUGUGAAUUGUGAGAGAAUGUGGAAUUAUGAAGGGUGUGAUGGAGCGGAACCUGCUUGUAAGCUGUGCAUUUCAUCUUUUUACUACGACAAUUGACUGAACAAACUUUAGGCAGUUUCUGCGCUGAAAUGGGAUUAGAGUGCACCCCGAUAGAGCCAAAAGCGGAUUGCAUCAAGCUGCAAUUAGAAGCCCGUUAUCCGAAUGUAGAUGUAAAGUCUUUGUUAGGAAGGAGAAUGCUAUUUGACACUGUUUUUGGCCACCCUUGCAGCGGACACGGUGUCCUCGGCGAUGGUAUUCAAGAAGAUGAGGAUGGGAUGAUCAUCCGCUGA